AUGGCCGGAUCUGAAACCACGAAGAACAAAAACAACAUCGACGGCGAGAACAACUGCAACAACAAUCAUAACGUUUCCGCCACAACAGCUGGCACCGUCUCGUCCAUGGCACUGCCUUCUAAACCAGCCUGUCGGAGGUUCGUUGGGGUCAGGCAGCGGCCUUCGGGCAGGUGGGUGGCAGAGAUCAAGGACUCAUCUCAACGUGUGAGGCUGUGGCUUGGGACGUAUGACACUCCUGAGGAGGCAGCCCGAGCGUAUGAUGAAGCCGCCCGUGCAUUACGCGGCGAAAAUGCUCGGACGAAUUUUGCAUCAAUAAGUAAUAAUUAUGGUCCGUGUCAGCAGCCGGCCAACCUGUCUAGGCCGGUCAACAACUCAUCGCACGGGCUAAGUUUCUCAUCCCUGAAGGCCAAACUAAGCAAGAACCUUCAGAGUAUCAUGGCCAGGACCACAGAGAACAAGUCGUCGAAAAGUAGGGUUAGUGAUCACUUCACCUUUGCUAGCAUAUUCCACUUUAAGGGCUAUCACCAAUACCAAAACCCACCUGACAUGAGGAACAUGGACAAGGUGGUGCAACCAAGCAUCAUCGUACCAUCACAUGUCGUGGAUGAUUUCGCUGACCCGUGUUGCUGGGACAGCUCAAGCUUGUCCGACUGCAGCUGUGAGUGGGCCGGGUUCCGGCACCCGACAGGGUUCGACUCUGACGGGUCAUCAGACAUUGGAGACGUCAGAAUCGGGGAUCAUAACGGGUUCACAGAUUGUCAAAUAGCAGGCUGGAUGGAUAGCCCUGAGUGGAGCUCGUGUUCAAGCAGUGGUGAGGGUUCGAGGAGCAAGAGGUUCAAGGUGUCUUCUUCCGUGGUCAUUCCUCCGACUUUUAGUGCAUGCGGGUCGCCGUACAACAAUAAUAUUGGCCCUGAGAACUGA